GUAAACAACGCGCGUGCGUGACGAGUUGACGGCAAAUACGUAACAGCACGCCCUCAACAACUUGGUACAGAUAAGAAGGUGGAACAGCUAGCUCUCGAUGUAUGGGGCCGUGGACGAGAAGAACCCAAAAAUGGAGGACAUCGCUAAGGAGAAAGAGGACCUGUCGGCUUCGGUGAAUGGACAUGAUGGAAGACAUGAGCCUGAUUCAGGAACAAGCGUCAGACAGAGGCGAUUGACAGCACCGUUGGUGUUUGCUACAGCCUCGGCUGUGAUUGGCUCAUCACUUCAGUUUGGAUUCAACACUGGCGUCAUCAACAAUCCCAAGCCGGUGAUCCAAGAUUUCUUCAAUGAGACGGAGGAGCGGCGAAGUGGCGAGCCCAUGGAGGACAACCGCAACGAAUUCCUCUUUGCCACGGCGGUGGCCAUCUUUGCUGUCGGCGGCAUGGUGGGAUCCUUGGUUGCUGGCCCGCUGGCCGAUCGGCUUGGGAGGAAGGGGACCCUGUUGCUCAACAAUUUCAUCGCUCUGGUGGCAGCGUUGCUGAUGGGACUCAGCAAAGUGGCCUGGUCCUUCGAGAUGUUGAUCAUCGGACGGUUGGUUAUCGGUCUGAACUGCGGAAUAAAUACCGGCAUUGUGCCAAUGUACCUGUCGGAGGUCUCCCCAUUCAACUUGCGAGGGGCGAUCAGCGUGAUGAAUCAGCUGGGCGUGACAGUGGGCAUUCUCCUGUCCCAGAUCCUAGGUCUUCCGGUGCUCUUAGGUACGGACGCUCUGUGGUCAGUCUGUCUGGCAUUUGCCGCUGUGCCCGCCGUCUUCCAGCUUCUCUCCCUGCCCUUCUGUCCUGAGAGCCCACGCUACUUACUGAUCAUCCGUGACAAACAGAAAAAUGCAGAGAAAGCCCUGGUCUGGCUGCGCGGCGACUCCCAGAUCCAGGACGAGAUUGCGGAGAUGCGGAGGGAGUACACGGAGGAGCAGAAGGAGGAGCGUAUCAGCAUCUUGCAGCUCUUCACGCAGGCCGCGCUGCGUCGGCCGCUGGUCAUCAGCAUCGUCAUGCAGCUGUCGCAGCAGCUGUCGGGCAUCAAUGCGGUGCUGUACUACUCCUCGGAUAUCUUCAUCACAGCUGGAGUGCCAGGGGACAAUGCGAAAUAUGCCACGCUGAGCACAGGUGCUGUUAUGGUGCUGAUGACUAUCAUCAGUGUACCCUUGAUGGACCGCAGCGGCCGGCGUUUGCUGCACCUCAUUGGGCUGGGCACCAUGACAGUUGCGGCGGCCUUCCUAACAGGCUUCCUCUUCCUCAAGGAUUCCUGGUCUCCUGCAUCUUACGUCAGCAUUGUGUGCGUUAUGUUCUUUACAGUAGGAUUUGCCAUAGGGCCAGGUUCUAUACCCUGGCUGAUAGUGGCCGAGCUCUUCUCCCAGGGACCCAGGCCAGCUGCUAUAAGCAUCGCAUUUUGUGUCAACUGGACUGCCAACUUUGCUGUGGGACUUCUCUUUCCGAUCCUACAAAAUGCCUUGCAGAACUACGUCUUCCUCAUCUUCAUUGUUCUUCUCGUCAUCUUCUUCGUCUUCACUUUCUUCUUCGUGCCGGAGACCAAAAACAAGAGCUUUGAAGAGAUCAGCGCCCUCUUCAAGGACAAGUCCAACAAGGCCGAGGAAGCCGGAUUGGAUGGUAAUUCCGAUGGAGUCAGAUACAGCGCCCUCGACACAGAGGAACACUGACCAGUAACCUCUGAACCUGCUGCAUCGCCCCGACCAGAUAGAACAAAGUGUCAGUAGUUUGACUCAUAACCAAUCUUUACAUGGUGACUGUCUAGAGCUCCUACUACUGGGGAUUUACAUUCACCUGCAAGCAAACAACAGUCUGCAUGCAACGAGUCCACCGCAUUGUACACAGGCCCUGUUUGUUUCAAAUGGAUCUAAAUCAGUGAUACUAAUGCUGGUCUGCACCUGUUAAAACCAGCAACGACCAUGAUCUGGAUCUGUUUGAAACAAACAUGGCCUCAGUAUCCUGUACCAACCAACAGGUAACGUGCAGUUGAUUCAUUUCUUCGUGCACAGCAGUGGGUUCAGAUGGCAUGCCACCCAGCCAGUGCAUGAAGAUUAGCGAGCCAGGGUUUCCAGACUUAUCGGAAAUUGUGGAAAAUUCUGGGGGCAAAAAAACGUUCUGGAAAAGUCGUGGAGAAUAAUUCUGUUGUCGGCAGGAAAAAGGUCCUAGAAAUCAAGAUCGUGCUAUGAUGAAGUUUUUUAUAUGCUGCUUUUGAUGUGAUGAACAGAACUGUGAUCAAUUUACCAGCUUUUAUCAGCUGCUACUAGUGGCUAUGGCAGUCUUCGAGAUCAUAAUACGACUCAACUUUUCUGUAUGAUGCCAUUUAAUUUCAGCUGAGUUGUCAGACUUUAGUCCUGGAAAGUCCCGGAAAAGUCAUGACUUUGGUUUUCACACACAUUUCUGGGGCAACUUCAAAUACACAUUGUAAGACUGAAUUCAAGUCGGUUCAUUUUCUUUGUCAAACAUUAUGGGUUUGGGUUCAGUUCAAAUUGUCUUUGGUGGUCUGGGACCUGAUGUUUCCAGUGAACUGGACGUGCAGUUCUUGUUGAAAAGUUCAUUCUGAAGUCCAAAAAUUCGGCCAGAUAGUGCCUUACUUUGUGAGUUGAUGAAACAUGUUUAAAUGUUUUUUGUUGCAAACAAGAUGCAGUGUUUAACAUUUUAUAAAGAAAGAGACCAGUCUCUUCAUAGAUUGAGCUUAAAUGGUGUUUUCCCGGGGAAGAAAACUGCCAAAAUAGUGAGAUAUGGGAUACAGUUUAUUCCAGAAAUUAGGGGUCCCUUUUUUUCGUGUCCCCUGUUACAUCUGACGUGAUUUUGUACGUUCAGAACACA